AAGGAAGGGGCGCCCCGCCCUGCCAGAGGCGCGGGCCCAGUGUGGGCGGGGCGGGCUGACCGGGGUUAGAGGGAGCCCCUCACUCCGUCACUCCUCGUCUGGUGAGCAGCAGCAGCUUCCGUCGCCGCCGCCGCCGCCGCCGCCGCCGCCACUCAGUGCCGUGCCCGCCUUGCCGCUGUGCCGCCGCGAAGUGUGUGUGUGCCGACGCGUGAUUCUCGCAGUGCCGCUGUGGUGCAGCACCCCGGGGCUCGUGUAUGGCAGCCAGGGGCGCGUGUAGGUGACCGAGGUUCGUGCAGGGGAGGCAGAGGGAGUGCAGGGAGCAGGACGCGUGGAGGGCAGCGAGGUGGGGACAGGCGCCGCGCCACGUAGCAGUGGAGGCAGUGCCUGGAAGGUGCCGUCGGCAGCAGGGAAGCAGGGGUAACAAGGGCGCGCCGCGCCAUGGGCCGCCGCGCCGUCCCCCACUAGGAUGGUGCAGGUGGCUGCCUCUCUCUUCUCAGGCCGCCAUGUUCCCCGCCGCCAACAGGCCGCCGCCCCCGCCGGCGCAGCACCCCCAUGGUGGGGCAGCAGGGCCACGCGGGCUACCUGGGCUACUAUCCCGCCCAGCCCGCCCACCACUACCAGUACCCGCCGCCAGACUUCAACUGCAACCUGCAGCCCUUCGUGCCCGCCCAGUUUCGGUGACGGCUUGCAAAGCGGCCCGCCCGCCUGGCACAACCCAGUGUACAUGGGCGGCCACCACCACCCCGCCGCCCACCACGCCGCCGCCGCCCACCACCACGCGGUGCAGCACUGCCAGCAGCGCUCGCCCGCCACCUACGACGACUGGAUGACGCCCCUGCACCACAACGGCGGGGGCGCCUCCCCCCUCCCGCAGCACCCCAGCCUGGGCUCAGCCGGCACGGGGCGUGCACCAGCCGCCACAUACGCCCUCGCCCUGCGCCCCUGGAGCGGCGGGGCCCCAGGCCGCCCCACCCUCGCCCACCUUCAAUAGCUACCCGAAGCUGCCCGGCGUGGGCGGACAGCUGGAGUAUGGCAGCGACGGGGGCGUGUCAGGGGCGCAGUCCCCCAACGAGGGCGUGCUGGGUCUGGCGGAGAGUGCGGGGGAUGACGAGUCGCCGCCUGCCACUCACCCGCAGCCACCCAACACCCACCCAACCCCGCCCACCACCCUCCCCACGUCCACCACCCACCCGCCGCCCCACCACACACCCGCCGUCCUCGCGACCCCAGCAGAUUCGCUCCCCUUUCAGGUGGAUAGAGAAGACAGCCUUCCAGGGGCCGCCCCACUCAGAUGGCGCCUUCCUAGACCUGGAUGGCUUACCGGUGAAAGGUACGCUGGAGGAGGCGGAGAGAGGAACGUGGCGAGUCGGCAAGACUCGCACCAAGGACAAGUACCGCGUGGUGUACAGCGACCACCAGCGGCUGGAGCUUGAAAAAGAGUUCCACUACUCUCGCUACAUCACCAUCAGGAGGAAGAGUGAAUUGGCCUCCAUGCUGGGACUGUCCGAGCGCCAGGUAAAAAUCUGGUUUCAAAAUCGUCGGGCGAAGGAGAGGAAGCAGAUGAAGAAGAGAGACGAACUUCACAACAAGGAGAAGCUGGAUGUGGGCGGAGUGGGCGGCGUCGGCGGCAUGGGCGGCGUGCAGCAGUACCAUCCGCCCUCCGUCACGCCCAUCCCGCCCAUGCACGCCCACGUUCCCUCACACCACACCCACCACCACCUUCACCACCAGACCGGCAAACCAAUUAUCAUGGACAUCAAGCCCCCACUGGGAAUGGACUGAUCCCGCCCACACUCAGCCCAUGUCCAGCCCACACUCAGCCCACGCCCAACCCACAACCAAGGCCAUACUCAACCCCUUGCCCAUCCCAUACCCAGCCCACUACGAAGCCCAUACUCAGCUCACGCUCGGCCCAUGCCCCCGACCCCACGACUCUGCAAACCCACGACAGCCUCAAGGAGUGAUCUGAGUUGGAGUUCCGGUGUUGUUUUAUUAGUAAUGUCCGUAUCUACCUGCCCAUACCUGCCCACGCGAUAGGACUGUUACAUUUACAACUGUCGCAGGGGUACAGAUGCGUGUGUAUUGUAAAACUGUGGAAGAUACGAUGCUGAAUAUGAAAAGAGGAAGAAGGGGUUUGUUUAAAUAGUACAUGUGUUACUUUGAUGACAUGAAACUCAAAAAAAAAAGUGCCGCAGGGAAGCGUAUCCGUGCAUUUUAAAACUGUGGAAGGUACGAUGUGGAAUAUUAAAAGAGGAAGAAAGGACUUGUUUAAAUACGAGUAGUAGAUGUAGUACUAUGACGACUGACACUCAGCGGAAAGCAACAGGGAAAAGGGACCUAGAAGUGGUGUAAGACUGUGUAAAGAAUGCAGUGUGAAAUAUUGAAAAGAAAGGAAGGAAGCGCUUGUACAAAAAAAGGGGAUACUUUGCUGUUUUUAACUCGAAACUCAAAACAGUGUCGCAAGAAAAAGAUUAAUUGCACAGUUGAGGAAAAUACGAACCAAAAUACAAAGAGAGAUAAAGAAAAGGAAAAAGAAAGCCAAAUUGCACGAACACUUACCUACAUAAAAAGAAAAAAAAUAUAUAGUGGAAACAAUAAAAUAAUCGAAAUAUGGUGCUCUUGCAAAAACGAAAAAAAAAAAAAAAAAAAAAAAGACACCCGCUACUGUGCUAUAGU